AUGAAAGUAGAGGAUGAUGGACAGUGCUGCUUGUUAGAGAAUGUUCUGAAAGGAGGUCCCGGCGUGGCCCUGGGCUCCUCUGGGUGGGACUGCCUGCGGGCAGGUGACACCUGCUCCAGUGAUGACAGCUGCAGCCCCCGCCUCCGCACCCUCAGACAGUGUGUGGCGGGAGACGGUAGCGUCAAACUCGGCCCCGGGGCCAGGACUCAGUGUGAGAACGCCAUGACGGCUCUGCUGGCCACGCCCCUUCACGGCUGUCAGUGCAAAAGAGGCAUGAAGAAGGAGAAGAACUGCCUCAGCAUCUACUGGAGCCUGCACCAGUCUGGACUCGUGCUGCAGGGUUUGAGCCUGGUGGAGGACUAUCCCUAUGAACCAGAGGAGAGGGGCUCUGACUAUGUGAGACUGGCCUCUAUCGCUGCAGAGUCGGAGGUGACCACAGUGAACCGUUGUCUGGACGCGGCUAAAGCCUGUAACAUUGAUGAGACAUGUCAGAAGACUCGUACAGAGUAUGUGUCAGCGUGUAUCCAGCCGUCCGCUCGCUCCGGGCCCUGUAACAGGCCGCGCUGUAACAAAGCGCUCAGGAAGUUCUUCGACCGUGUUCCUCCAGACUACACCCACGAGCUGCUCUUCUGCCCCUGCACUGACACAGCCUGUGCCGAGCGCCGCCGCCAGACCAUUGUCCCCACCUGCUCCUAUGAGGACAAGGAGAAGCCCAACUGCCUGGCACAGCUGCGUGUGUGCAAGGCCGACUAUGUGUGCAGGUCCCGCUGGUCUCAGUUCCAGUUCGACUGCCAGCCCUCAGACCUGAGCUCCAGCGGCUGCAGACAGGAAAACUACGGGGCCUGCCUCCUCGCGUACACCGGACUCAUAGGAAGUACAAUCACUCCAAACUACCUGGACAACUCCACCUCCAACGUGGGCCCGUGGUGCUCCUGUGCUGCCAGCGGCAACCACCGGGAGCAGUGUAACGACUUCCUGGAGUUUUUCCAUGACAACGUCUGUCUCAAAAAUGCCAUCCUGGCCUUUGGUAAUGGCUCAGAUGUGAAGUCCGGCUCCAGUCCGCCCGGGAUCGCCAGCCUCGCCCCCGGCAACCACAACCCACACCUGGUAACGGUCGCCCCCGGAGUCUCCAUGGAAACAGAGCAGAGCAUCCUCAGAGCACAGAUACCUACUCAGGUAAACGAAAACGACAGAUUGUGGGGUGAUGAAGAGGACUCGACUCUGCCCUCUCCUGGACUGUCUGAACACGGCGCAGCACCUCUUCACGUGGGCGGGGCUCUGGGCUGGCUCCUCCUUCCUCUGCUACUGCUGCUACUGUCCCACCAAUAA